AGCAUCAACACGUAUGAAAAGUUCAGUGUCAAGACAAUUCUUAAAAAUAUCAAACCUAUACAUAAUUAGAGACAUAAAUCAAAAAGUCUUUUUUUUAUUUUAACGUCUAUUUAGAUUAUCGGAGAGAAGUAUAAUUAUUAUUUAUUUAAUGAAGUUAAAAACUACCCCACUGCAAAGAACAAAUAUCAUAAAUACGUUUUAACUUUUUCUCAUGCUUUGUCUUAAGAGACCAUUGCAUUAAGCGAGCAUUUUAGAUGUUUCCUUUGCGUGGUCGCUUAAUUAAUGUUUGUCUGAUAUCGACAUGAAACUUAACGGCUAUAUCUUAUAAAGUUUAUGUAGGGCUAGCUUUAAGAUAUAUAUGAACCAUGUUUAAACAAAUUCAAAUGCCUUUAAAAUACCAAGGCCUCUAUGAUAGGAGGUGAUAAUUCAGGUAUACUAACGAACCGUGAAGGCACUGAUUACAAAACAUUGAUCGUUGUGUUUCUUAUCCCUGCAAAUUGAACAAAUGUUUAAAUAUAUUAACAUAUGCACAUUCAAUGUUCGGUAAUUGGACAAGUUAGAGCCGUUCAAUAACGUUUCUCCCGAUAUCAACGAUUAGGGAUAGUUUUGCUUUAGCUUCUAGAAAUUGAAUAUUUUCAGUAUUAUUUUACAAGGAAUAUUUUUUAAAAUUAAUAUGAAAUGAGAGAAAGCCAACGCAGAAUCUUAUAAAAGGACAGAUUCAUGCUUGUAAAGUUACUAGACAAGUUUUUGAUUGCUGAUAAGAAACGAGACUUAAUUGUGAUAAGACAUAUCGGAAAACGAAAAAUCUUGAAAAGUAAUUUUAGUUAUUCUCGAUUUUUGUUACAAACAAUAAUAUGCCUUCACGUUAUUCAAAAAACGAUUUGCGUAUUUUAAAACUGUACGCCUCUUUGGAACGGAUUGCUAUGAAUGAUGAUAUGGAGAGCAAAGAGCUUGAAGAAAUGAAAUCGAAUUUUACAUCGUUCUUUGCAUAUCUGAAUAAAACAGGAAAAAAAGAAAAAAAACGUUAUCUAUUGGAUUCAAUUAAAAGUGAAACCUUUCUCCGGACUACACAAGUACUCGAAGCUGAUUUGAGGGAGAUCGGUAUAAAAAAAAUUACCGAUUUUAAGCUAAAUGGGGAGUCACUAUUAUUUCGUGCAAUGUCAAUCAAAAAGGGAAAUGGUCUGCGAAAGGACAUCCUUGAAGACAUUAUUAUAAACUUGAUUGAGAAUUUUCCGGAUCUCAUCACUUUGGAACAGUUUCAUAAAUCCAAUGAGAGUACAGGAGUUACCCCCAUUCAUCUUGCCGUAGUGCAAGAGAAUCCAGAGCUCCUACAUUUAAUGGCAAAAAGUAUAGAAAAUAGUUUUAAAGGGGCAAUAAAAAACGCAACCGGUGAAAAAUUUCAAGGCACAGUAAUGAUGGCUGGAUCUCUACUUGGCAUUGCUUCUUUGAAAUGCAACGAGAAAAUAUUCAGCAUUAUUCUCGAGAAGUUUGAUCAUGAGAUGGAUGUUACAAAUGAAAAAGGUGAUAAUAUUAUCCAUUCUCUAAUAAAAUAUGCUUGUUUUCAACCUGAUAAACUAGACUCAGUACUCAACAUGUUAAGAUACAUCAUAUCUUGCAAAUUUCUUCCAAUUGAAUCGGGAAAACAGAAAAACAAAAUCAGAAAUGUAUGCGGAUUUUAUGUGGAAAAUGACAGCAAGUACAGGAAGCAAGUUGGAAAACUAUUGAUGAUGAAAAAUAGGGAAAAGCUUACACCUCUACAAUUAGCAACUAAACGGCAGCAGUUCAAAAUAUUUGAAAUUAUAUUGAACGAUGAGGUAUGCUUAUUUUUUAUAUUUUUAAACACCUUAAAUAAUAUAAAUUAUGCGAAUGUGAACAAAUAUGCAAUGCUAACAAGACGAUUUUUGUUUGCUUUUCUUUUCGGUGCCUUCAAGGGGACAGUCAUUUUCACUGGCAUUGAAACAUUUUUCGUAUACUUAUCACAGGAAUCAAAUGAUGGUAUUUUCCAAAGAAACCAAUACGACAUCACAGAGAUAGAAACACUUGCAUUGAAAAGUGACGUCAAAGGAGCAGAUAAUGAGGACAUCAAGGACGAGAAUCACGAAUCCGUAUUGGAAUUUGUUCUUCAUCACCAAACAGCUAACGCUUUUUUGUUUUCAAAUGUCACCCCUUUGAAAGAAAUUAUCAAAGAAAAAUGGAAUCACUACAAAAAAUGGAUAUAUGGAAGCUUUGCUUUAUAUUUGGUCUUUUUGGUUCUUUUGUCUAUUUCUGCCGUUUACAGGUCACAUUUAAAAGAGACAGUAAACAAAAAUGAUACAGCUCAGUUUUUGUACUGUGUAACGAAGAAUGGUUUUGUCACUUUUGUUUCAGUUCUUGGUCUCAUUUUUGAUAUCAUAGUGAUUGUCAUAAUCAUAACAAAAUUCAUGCUUGGUAUCGGAGAAUUAGAUAUACUUUUUCAAGCAAGGAAACCAACAUUAGCCGUGCUGGUAUUUUUGCUAUUUGUUCUUCUAACAACUAUUCUUCUUCUAAAUGCACUUAUUGCAAUGAUGUCCAAUACUUGCACAGAUUUGAUGAACAACCAUACUGGUUAUUCAGCCUCAAAGAUGCAUUAUCGUCUCCAAAAGUUAGCUUUAAUUGUGUUUCUUGAGAGUUUUCUUCACAACGGGUCACUUAAACGGGUCGGUGAGACCAGACAUAAUAUCAAUAGGUAUGACAAUGAGGUACAAAAAUUUGUUAAAAAAGAUCGGCUAUUCUGGACACAAAGUUUUGUGAAGGAAGAUGUAGAAACGGCCAUUGAACCUUCGGACGAGCAGUUGCAACAUAUAGACAGGACAACUAUUUUAAAGAACGAACUGAUUGAAACGAUUAAACAGGGACAAGGUCAACUACCAAAAGUGAAGAGACCUAAAAAUGCAAAACGUAAAGUUUCAGAUAUAUUAGCCUUUCCCUCGGAACUCCAGACAGUACAAAAACGCCUUGACAUCAAAGAUUAUGAGCAAAGACAAUGUGGACGAUGUAUGGAUGAAACAGUGACAUGUUUGCAGUCACAAGAAAUAAAAGAGGUCACAGAAUUUAUUUGACAUUUUUGUAAGUCAAUACAAAUUUAAGGUUAUACCCGAAAUAAUCUAUUGUCUAUUGCGUGUGUUACACUUAUAAUGUACAAUAGAAAAUAGAUUCCGAUUUAUAAACUUAACCAUUUGUUUUGAGAAUAAUACUAGUAACUGAUUGAUAGUGCAAAGAUUUAAUCGUUACAAAAACGAUUGUAAUGACCUUCAAAUAUGUGUAACGUUACAUUACGUUUAUGUGUAUAAGCAUGAAGCGUGUUUAUAGCUUUACCUGUUUGUUAAACUUUAUGCAAUUUAAUGUUUCAAUGUAACCUUUCCAACGACUGAUGUUAAAAAAAUAUGCAAAUACAUGUAUAUUCUGUAUGUAAAUAUACUUAAUGUGUAAACUGUAAUCCACUGGUACGAACACAAUACGUUGUAUUUAUUUCAUUUCAUCUGUAAUAAAUUGAAUACACUUUGAUCAAGAUUUAUGUAUAUGUGAAACAUUUUUAAUUUUCUUUAAACAUCAGGACAUUUGAAUUAAA